UGCUCUCCAAUCUUCUAACUUUUGGAACAUUUAUUAAUAAUUUCCGAUAAUCCAUCUUGCUUCUUCAGUCAGUCAGUCAGUCAGUCCUUAACACACCUUGCUUCUGUACAGUGACGAGUCACGACCGGCUUCAAUAUUUUCUUUUCUUUUCCUUUCCCUUCCCUUGCUUUGGUUCUUGCUUUUGAUAUUUUGGGGUUCUGGCUUCUUUUUUGGGAAUCUGCCAAUUUAUUUGGGCCUCCAAUCGCGCAGUUGACAGAUGAAGCGGCGUUACAUUAUAUCAUGUACAGAUACGAUUACCCCUGAAUCGAAUGUUUAAACCGGAAGAUUGGUAUAAUUACCCUGAUCCACAACAAAUUUCGACGAGGCUCGCAAGGAAAUGUCGUUGAAUGGCUUGGAUGAUGCGAAGGUCAAGGAAGCAUACGAUGCGGCGGUAGCUGAGCCCGGAGGAUGGUUCCUGCUGAAGUAUGCUUCGAGAGACGAAAUAGAAUUAAUGGGUCGUGGCAAUGGCGGAAUUGUGGAAAUAAGAAAUAAAAUUGGACAAUAUGAAGAACCAUCGCCGUUGUUCGGGUUUCUGCGAUACAGGCGACGGAACGUAGUCAUCAAGUAUGUGCCAGAUGGAUGCUCAAGACUGGUUCAAGCUCGCGUCACUGUUCAUUUUAAUGCUGUUACCGAAAAGUUCGCUCCCUACCAUACGAUAUUCGAAAUAACCACUGCGAAAGAGCUCCGUGAUACGACCCUGUCUGCCGCCUGUUCACUACACACUGCUUCGGGAUCCGUUUCAUCUUCGACGAGUUCUUUGCGCCGACGACGUUUAAUGGAAAUUGCAGAGGACGAGGAGGAGGAUAUUAGAACCAAACGACAAUCCACAGUUCAGGAGGAGCGCCCCCCUACUGCACACACUAUUACCUCAAUAUCGGGCACCCAGCCAACAGUUGAUCCGACCACCCUGCCGGCCGAUCUGCCAAAUUCAUUUACUUUCUCUUCUAUGGUUGUAGAAGGGGACAACAAUCUUGAAACUUCUCCUCCUCCACCACGUUCCAAAGCACCUUUGACAUUCGAUCUUGAUACAUCUCCGCCUCCUCCAAGGGAACCGCGUGAAGCUGAACUUGGAUCAUUCUCACCUAUCACAACCACUGACGAAACACCUCGGACAUCUUCUCAGUCCGCACGACCUGAUUUGUACAGCCUUACAUCUCACGAGUUUACCGGCAGACCUAAAGUUAGACUUGGACCUCGCCCCUCUCUCGAUGUUGGCAAAACGACUACAUCUGGAGGAGCCCCUAACUGUCGUCCAGUGUCAACACUUCCACAGGGGUUGAAAGCAUCUACAAAGGGAGGGUCAAAAAAGGGGCGGGCGAGUUUAAACUCGCAGGAGUCUGAAGAGCCACCCAGUAUGAGUUUGUCACCACCCUCUAUUCCUGAAAAUGGAACUCUACCCACGUCAUUCCCUUCUCGCCCUCAUACAAGUGGUGGACGACCAAACACCAGCUCUGGGGUUUCGGUUCGAACAACAUUGUCAACGAAUUCUACCACCCCCAAUGCAAAAGUCCCAACAAUUACGCCAGAGAAGGCACGGCUUAUGAAGGCUAUGGAAAUGCGGAAGAGGCAAUUGAGUGCUGGUUCACCUGCGCAAAUACCACCCACUUCUCCAACUCCCUCGACGUCUCCAAGAAAUCUCGAGAUACCCUCUGCCCUAGGCCCUAGCACGUCACAAGGCGCUCCACAGGAGAUUCAAGAUACCUUGGCUUUGCUGACUGAUAUGGCCAAAGCAGAUCAAUCCGCGAUUGCCCUCGAUACAAGCUUCGCUAUGAGAACGGACGACUCAGACGCUACAAGAUCCGAUUCCUACCCGGUCUCGCCCAUUGGGCCUUCGGAAAAAGCAGAAUCGACAAGAGCGUCUUCUAUCUCGGAGUCCACGGAUGAAACCGUUCAAGAAGCACUUUCUACAAAGGUGGUGACGAAAGACAAUAUGGCUUCAGAAUUGUCCCCUACUACUUUAUUAGAAAGUAAUGGAAACGAGCCAGCUGUAACGAUAUCACUUCAAAGCCCAGAGCUAGACGACGAAAGCAUAAAUCCCGACCAACUUAAAGGCACAGAGGAAUUAGCUAGCGACUCUAGUCACUCUGUCUCCAAAGAUAUUAUACAGGAUGAUCUCACGGUCGCCACCUCUCCCCUUGCCGAAGAACAAAAUACCAAAUAUGAAGCGCCUGAAGAGCCUUUGCAAACUUCCGCUAGUGAGCCUGUUUUCAACAUAGUUGACAAGCCUCUUAAGGAUAGUCCUUUCGACCCUGGGUACAAUUUAUCACAGAAGAAGAAAAUCCAUAAUAUUGAGCCCAUUCGAACUAGUUUCGAUAAAAGUGGCCCUAACUCUGAGAAUAACUUCUCCUCAGAUGAUGAACUUAUGGAUGAGCUGCAGUCUGCAGUCAUCCAAGAUGCAAAGCCUAUGUCGGUGGGCAAGUCGCCAAUUAGUCCUUUGUUUCCACAACCUACGCAAAAUGAGAUCAAAUUUUCACGAACUGUUUCAAGUCCAUUACAAUCAGUUAAUCCGAUUCCUCCACCUCUUACGGCCAUGCCUGGUGGUGACCGACCUGUUUCUCGACCUGUUUCGGCAUCUGCAAACUUUUUGAACCGCCUAAGCAUGCAACCUGCCGCAGCACCCGUUGUUCCUAAGAAGAUCAGUGUAGGAUCCGGUGUUGCGAACAGAAUUAAGGCCUUUGAAAAAUUUCAAAAUCUAGCUCCCGACUCUUCUGCAGCACCAUCCACAUUGGGCCCAAAUCCAUCUGCAUCGCCUGCAUUUUUUUCUGUUCGAAAAAGUAGUGUACUCGUUCCAUCGAGAGCUCCUUCUAUUGCCGAACGUACACAUUCCUUGAACAAGAAUACACCAACUCCUAGUGUAUCGAGAGAUGGGUCACCAGAAGUUGUUAAAGGACGUGAAAGAUCAAACUCGGUUCAGAAAAGAGUGGCUAUGUUGAAACCGACUCCUGUUUCUGACCUCAAGUCGACUCCAUCUCGACCUGAGACUGUCCAGGUAACCGCUCGCAUCGUCAGAGAUCCUAAUCAACCAUUUCCUCAAAAGCCAGAAGCUGGCAAAGAUCCUUCGGAUUAUAACUCUUCGCCAUUGACAGAAUCCCCAUUGAUCAUAGAUCACCAGAUGGCGGUUUCUAGUCCUCCAAAAGAGAAAGAGACCGUACCCGAAAGGCGUUUAUCAACGUCAUCUAAAACUACCACAACUACUAACAAUGAGAGACGAUCAUCUAUCGCAAUGGUCAAAGACCUCAUUAACGAUAGUCGUUCUUCAUUUUCCGAGCGUCGGCGUUCUUCUACUAUCGAGCCUUUCGCAUCUUCUCCGACUGUUAAGUCGCCAUCAAAAUCUUCUUACGCUGAUGUUACAUCCCCUGUUCGUAAAUCUCGACCAUCCUCCGUCAGCAGUCGUCGUAGUCUUGAUCGUUCCGAAUUCUCUCCACCACCAACAGCUAGCUCAGCAUCUUCCGGGAAUGAUGAGAAGUCGGACAAAAAGUCUGGCCGUGCAAGUCGUAUGAUGAAGCGUAUGUCUUCAUCAUUAUCUUCAAGUCGCAAAGCUAUUGCACAUGCUAUCUCACCUACAGUUCGUGAGGAAUCAGAACCUCCGUUUUUUCCUGAUUCGGAGUCUUCACUUGUUCCAUCUCAACCAUCCUUGGGAGCCUCGCCCACAAUUGCUCAUGACAUUGGAGAUGUCAACGUUCAAUUUCCUGAUAGUCUUUUGUGGAAGCGUAGAUCAAUGAUCCUGGAUUCUCAAGGACUUCUUAUUAUCACAGCUGGUGGAAAUGAUAAAGGAGCAACACGGAGAUUUCACCUUGGUGAAUUUAGAGCUCCUGAAAUACCCGAUGUUGAUAUGCAAGAAUUACCAAACAGUGUUGUUUUGGCUUUCUUGGAAGGUGGUGAGCUGCAAAUUGCGUGUGAGGAUCGAGCCGGUCAGGGACACACUUUAAGUGUUCUACGAGAAGCUCAUGGACAUUGGGCAACCUAUGGACAAUAAUAAUUACAAUCGUCACUCUCUUGCAUAAGAAUAUUUCCUUUUUUGACACACUUUCUCAUGACUUUGAUAGUCAUUAUUUGGUAAUAUACCUCAUCAGCAUUCAUUGACUUAUCAUUCCAUUUUUUUUAUCUUAGAAGGAAAGGGCUUCACGCAGGAAUUUAUGACGUAUGGAGGCUCUUCACACGCAUUAGUGUUUUUAUGUUGCAUUGCGUCGUAAGGGGAGAAGAGAGGGGAGGAGAGAGACCCAGAUUCCAAAAGAGAAUAAGAGGGAGAGCGAGAGAGCGCGAGAGCGCGAGUUGAGAUACCACCUGGACUUUAGCAGUCAAAAUUUUCUUUUAUUGUCUGUACCUAAAAUAUGUUUUGUAAAUCUUUUUCUUCUUCUUUCUUCAACCAAGAUAACCCUGCAGCAUGCCGAAUAGCGAAUAGCGCAGUUUUUUCUUAUUUUAUUUUUCAAGUACCAGGUCGACUGUAUAUGGAUGGUGGUGGUUGUGCUUUUUUUUUCGGGGAAAAGGAAUAGAAUAGGAUAGUUACAAUACAAUGUCUUCCUACCCAG